AUGGAUUUUAUAAAGCUAUUAAAAAGUACUGAACUUCACGUAAAAGAUGACUUAUUUAACAAUAAUGGUAAACCAACUUUGGAAGAUUCAAUCAUAAAUUUUCUAGAAGGAUUAACGAAUAUAUUUGAUCAAAUAUAUUUUUUAAAAACCAUUGGUAUAUUAAAAGAACAAAGUUUUUUAUAUCGAAAGGUGUAUAAAUCUCAAGCAACGUUGAAAUUAUGGUUAAUUUCUUUAAUAUUAACUCUUAGGAAAAAUUUGUCCAAGCUUGUCAACUUAUUGAGACUUCGGUUUAGAUUAACCAAUGAAUUUAACAAGUAUAUCCAAAAGCAGCAGGAUGGUAACUUAAAUGUGCUAUUGAAUGAAAAGUUGGCAAAGCAAUUGAAAUUGAUAACGAAACAUAUAAAAAUCUUUUUGUGGGAUUUAUUGGAGACUCUAUCGUAUUUGAUUUUGGUUAUUAUAGAUUUAUUUAACCCAACAUUUUUACGUCCAGGAUUUAAGACUUUUUUUGAAAGAUUGACGACUUUUAUAAGUGUUUCAAGGUUUGCAUAUAAUGUAUUAUAUUCCUGA